AUGGCGCGGAAUAUGGUGUUUGCCCUGCUGUUAGCGGGUUCGCAGUUUGUUGUUUCUCAGAAUGCGACUGCUCCAUCCACUGGAACUGCGGUUGCAAGCUCAACAACUACUGGUGGUGCUACAUUUACGACUAGUGUAGAGCUUUCCGUCGAAGAUCUCUGGGACCAAUAUGUUGGUCCCGUCUCGACCUUCUCUAUCAACACAACAGUCGAGCCUACGCCAAUCCCUUCAAGCUCGCUUAUACCACCCCCGUCGCUUUACUACUCACCCUUUCCCACGGGCCAGCAAGUCCCUCUCCAGACAAAAAACGAAAGCUGGAAGUUUCCGAAGGAUUUCUGGUACGGUGUUGCCGGUGCUGCGUAUCAGAUCGAAGGCGCAGUCAAGGCUGAGGGACGUGGACCAAGUACAUGGGAUGUGCUUACACACCGUGUCGCAAAUUAUGUGGUGACGAAUGAGACGGGUGAUGUCGCUGAUAACAACUACUAUCAGUACAAAGAAGACAUCGCACGUAUAGCCGCGCUUGGGGUCAACACAUACUCUUUCUCUAUCUCGUGGUCUCGAAUACAGCCCUUCGGCACCGGCCCAGUCAACGAGCAAGCGCUAGCCCACUACGACGAUGUCAUUGAUACCUGCCUCGAGUACAACAUCAUACCCAUGGUUACGUUGUAUCACUGGGAUACGCCACUCUUCCUCCAGAACUCGUAUGGCGGAUGGCUCGACUCCAAGAUCGUCGAUGACUUCACCGAGUACGCACGUAUCGUCUUCAACCGGUACCACUCGAAAGUGCAAUAUUGGUUUACAGUUAAUGAGCCUAUCGUGUUCUGUGGAUUCUAUCCAUUACCGAAGAACUACUUCAAGAAGACGGACAUCCCAGAUAUCCAGCAAAAGUAUUACUGCGGCCACAACGUCCUGCUAGCGCACUCCGCCGCUUACCAUAUCGGCAAAUCGCUCAACUCGUCCCUAAGCAUCUCUGUGAAGCAUAACGGAGGCUAUAAGAUUCCGCGCACAAACAGCUCUGAAGACGCGAUUGCAGUACAGCGCGCAUGGGAUUUCAAUGAAGCGUGGUUUUCCGACCCACUCUUCCUCACGGGCGACUACCCGAAGUACUUGAAGGAGUAUCUGGAUACAUUCUUGGACCCUUUUACCGACGAGCAGAGAGCACAGAUCAACGGGACAUCAGAUAUCUACGCACACGAUGCAUAUACGAGCGACAUCAUCAUGGCACCGGAUAGCGGGAUUGAUGCAUGCACGAAGAAUGAAAGCCACCCUUUAUUCCCGUCGUGCUAUAACACAACAAAGCUCUACGCAAACGACUACUGGGCCCUCGGGCCUGCGGGAGAUCCAGGGACGCCUUGGCUGGUUAAGGCUACGGACUGGGUGCCAGCGUUUUUACAUUACAUGCAGGAUACUUGGAAGCCAAGGGGCGGUGUCGCCAUCACCGAGUUCGGCAUAAGUGAACCCUUCGAAGCGCUGAAGACCAGUCUUCCCACUAUCGUCAUCGACCCAAUCCGCUCAAAAUACUACGUUGACUACCUUGAAGCUAUUCUCAUGGCGCUUUCCGAAGGCGUCGAUGUGGUGGGGACGCUGGCGUGGAGUAUCUACGAUAACUUGGAGUGGAGUUCGGGUUACGGUGUCAAAUUCGGGAUCCAGUAUGUGAACCUCACCACACAGGAGAGGUUCUUCAAGGCGAGCGCGUUCGAGUAUGUUAACAUGUUUAAUGUCUAUUUGGAGAAGUGA